UUCCUACCUCGCUGCAUCGCAGGAGAAGCAGAGGCUGGCGGAGGAGAAGGAGGGCGUGACGGCGCUACUCGACCGCGUCAUGGAGAAGACGGAGAGCGCGUGCAUACAGCUGCAGCAUUCCCUGUCCCAGGUGCAGGACUACAGGAUACACAUCGCCCGCCUCGAAACCGCGCUCGAAAAGGCAGCGAUGAAGUACGCUCUCGUUCAGCUUGGCGCCGAGCGACAACAACAGCAGCAGCAGCAGGAGGAAGACAAGCAACUAACGCGGCUGCUGCGUCGGCAGCCGCCUGGCCGCACCGCCGCUCCCGCCGCAGGCCUCAGCAAGUCUCUCACGACGGAGCGCGACCGCGGCGGCGUCACCAUCAUCAGAGCCGCGCGCUCGCCGCCGACCCCGACGGCGCAGAAGUUAGCAACGACCGAUCGGAAGACAGGCAGCGCCCGGUCGGGCGGAAAUUCGCCGCGCGGCGCAACGCUGGAGCGGUGCAGCGAUCAGAGACAGCAGGAGGACGACACCCCGAGGUUCCUCUCCGCCGACGCCGACGACGGCUGGGAGGUGAAGAACGACAUAGUGCUGCUGAUGGAGGAACUACGGCAGCUGAUCGCGCAGGGAAGGCGUCUGACGCGCGUCAGGAACGGCAGCGCGGCGGCCGAGCAACAGCAGGAGGAGAGCGGGUGGGUCAGCGGGGGCCUGCGGGGCAGCCCCACCGGAGGGGAGACGCAGCAGCGAGAGAGGAGGGAGGCGAACGGCGCGCGGAGAGAGGGGGCGUCACCGGCGAGCGAGCGGGCGAGACGGCGGUCGAACGAGGCGAGCGAGACGUCCUCUGACCCGUGGCGCGAGACACUGCUCUCGCGAGAUCUCAACUCCACAGGAACGAGCAGUGGUGUGAUAGCCAACAAUAGGCUCCAGGCGUACAUACACCGCCACGACGAGCGGAGGGCCAGCACACCAAAGAAAGCCGCGAGGUGGUGACUACGUCCACACGCUGCUAAUGGCAGUGUAAACUCGGCACUGUGGUGACAGUGUCUGUACAUCGGCAACGGUCACUGCCUACGGUGACGAUCUCUGACAACUGACAGUUUCUUCACACUGGUGACAGUCCAUGCGCUGUGGUGACAGUCACUGCACACUGGUGACAAUCUCUGCACACUGGUGACAGUCCAUGCGCUGUGGUGACAGUCACUGCACACUG